CGGACUACAUAUCCUCCGACCGUUACAUUCACGACUUCGGGCAGGACCCAUCUCUCGCGCGUGUUCACCAGAAAAUCGCGCGCGGAGCCCGAGCAAAGCCCUUUCGAAUCUACAGACUUCGCCAAACCACCAACAUGGUCAACAAGAUCCUCUUCUGGUCCGGCUUCGGCCUCGCCGUCCGAUUCUGGCAGCUCGGGAUCGAGAUGCGCCCUUUCUUCUCGCGCCAAAACUGGAUCAUCUAUCCGAUCUACGGUGGACUCGGUGCCUCGUUCGGCUACUGGCUGCAAGGAGUGGAGGACAAGCAAAUGCGAUUCUUGGGAGAGACGAGACAGAGGUUGAUUGAGAAGCGGAGGAGACGUGCUGAGCGGGAGGGAGGCCUGGAUGCCGGUUCGAGCGCGCAGAAGCACGGUGACGGACUGUUUGCGUCGCCAGCCGCGGCAGAGAAGCAGGAGGCAUAAUGACACGAGCAGAUGUGAAUAUGCAUGGAGGGCUGUGGUGGACAUGAUGUUGAUGGAACGAUUUUUGAGCAGUGGUCGCAUUGGUGGUGGCUGCGGACGAUGCGGUUUCAAUUCUCUAUGAGCCUCUCGGCUUUCCAGUAUAUCACGCGCUCUACGGACAUCACGAUAAAUUCGUGCAAGCGUCUGGGCAAUCGUAGUGCAGAGCUCGUCUUCUAUAGC